GCCCAGGAUAAAAUUUUCCCUACUACUGCUACUAAAGUUUUCUUCAAUGCAUUACUUCAUUAAUAUCCCACUACACAUUUUCGGGUAACAUUCUUUUACUCUUCCAUCAGAAUGAAUAUUCAUUUAGUUAAUCAGCUACGCUACUAAUAUUUCCGUUGUUGGAGUUGGUAAGCAGAUUGCCAUGAAAAAUGCCAUCUAUAUGGAAAGCAUUUUCACUAUCUUCGAAUUCCCAUCACUCUUCUUCUACUUCUUUUCCCACUACCGGGAGUACUUCUCCGACAGAUUCGCCGAAUACACGGCGUAUUUACGGGGGAGGAAGGAGGCUAACUAGGCAGAGGAAGUUGAGGCAUGUUAGUGAUGAUGAUCUUGGUUUACGUAGACCUAAUAUUCAGGCGUUGAUUAUUGAUGAACGUUCAAAGUCUUUGCCGUGUUCUCCUGAUUCUUAUGCUGAAUUGGGCUCGAGUUCGAGGUCGCCUCAUCGGUCUACGUCCUCUGCCGUGCCACUGCCGUUGCCUCUCCCUGAGCUGAAUUGUCUGCCCAGGCAAAACACGCCGGUUAGAGUUGACAGGGAUCCGUUAAGCCCUCUUCGUGCUAGGGAUCCUUCUGACCAAACUCCAGUUGAGGUGAAAAGUUCUCAGCAUCCAAGAUCAUCUACUCCGACUUAUCAGCGUAGGGGGUUUCCUCCUGAUCUGAAUGCUGAGGGUGUUGAGUUCAGGUUGAAUGUUCCUCCCAGAAGUGCCCCAAGUAGUGGUUUUACAAGCCCCAUCCGAAGCCCGAAAAGGUUUAGUACACAGGACCUUUUUCAUCCUCCCUCCCCUCAGGCCUCAUCAUCACCUUCAGAGGCUUACUCUUUCCAACUUUCACCCACAAGGGUUACGAAUAGCGCUGGUCAUUCUCCACCGAGUAGCCCAAUAUUUCCAAGUUCAGCUAACAGAAUCAGGAAUGACAAAAGUGGUGCUGUGCAUUCGCAUCAUCAAUCUCUUCCGGAAAGUUCUCUAGCUUGGAAUGAAACUAACAACAUCAACGUGCACCCGCUGCCCCUUCCACCAGGAGUUCCAAGACAACCAGAAUUGUGUACCAUCUACAGCAACAUGGACAAACCUUGUGUAUCACCAAAAAAGGGUCAAUGGCUAAAGGGGAAGCUUUUAGGUCGUGGUACAUAUGGAAGUGUAUAUGAAGCUACUAACCGUGAAACCGGUGCUUUAUGUGCAAUGAAAGAAGUUGAUCUUACUCCUGAUGAUCCUAAAUCUGCUGAAUGUAUAAAGCAGUUAGAACAGGAAAUAAGAGUUCUCCGGCAGUUAAAGCACCAAAAUAUUGUUCAAUACUAUGGCAGUGAAAUAAUGGAAGACCGCUUUUGCAUAUAUUUGGAAUAUGUGCACCCCGGAUCAAUUAAUAAGUAUGUUCGGGAACAUUGCGGAGCUAUGACAGAGUCAAUAGUUCGAAACUUUACUAGGCAUAUUGUAUCAGGGUUGGCUUACUUGCAUAGCACUAAGACAAUACACAGGGACAUUAAGGGAGCAAAUUUGCUUGUAGAUGCAUCUGGCGUUGUCAAGCUUGCAGAUUUUGGGUUAGCAAAACAUCUUUCCAGCUGUGCAACUGAUCUUUCUCUGAAAGGGAGCCCUCACUGGAUGGCUCCAGAGGUAAUGCAGGCAGUGUUGCGCAAAGAUGCCAAUCCAGAGCUUGCCUUAGCUGUUGAUAUAUGGAGCCUGGGUUGUACUGUAAUUGAAAUGUUUACUGGACAGCCCCCUUGGGGCGAUCUUAGUUGGGUGCAAGCUAUGUUCAGCGUGUUGAACAAAUCACCACCUAUACCAGAAAAAUUAUCGUUAGAAGGAAAGGAUUUCCUUCAGUGCUGCUUUCGAAAGGAACCUGCAGAUAGGCCAUCAGCUAUGACGCUGCUUGAACAUUCUUUUUUACGUAAUACCAGUUCUUGUGAGCAUAGUAUCUCCCUUGCUGGCUACUCAGAGGAUUCUCCAGGGAUGAAAUUACACAGUCCCCCGAAGAACCCAAUUAACCAUAAAAAGGAACAAAAACCACUGUUACCAGGAACAUCUGCCAGGCAUGGAAAAUCACCAUGUAGCAGUGAAACUUGCCAGCAAACUCAUCCUGAAACCUGCAAAUAUGGAGCAGCUUCCUACCACUCUCCACGUUCAGCACUUGAAGCCCUUCCCUGUACAAUGGAGCUGAACUCGAGUCCACGUGCAGCCAGCCCCUCAAGUGUUCCUAGUAGCUUCCGCCUGGGACCUGAAAACACUAGUCCUUAUAGAAUCGUAGGAAAGGAAAUUCCAAACCUCUGCAUAAGAUCAUAAUAAAUAAAAAGCGAGGGGGAAACUCAUGUACAGAUCAGGAUUUUAGAUGCAGAAUAACUUCAGUCAGAUGAUUAAUUAAAAUGUUGUCAUAUGCAAUGUAAUUCCCAUAUGCAUUCACAUCUUUUAUGUACUACUGUUAUUGUGUUUGAAGCUAUCAAAGACUUGCAUAGUUUUGGAACAGAUUCAUGAAGAAUUGAAGAUGGCUCUCAAGUUAAUAGUUUAAUUUAGAUUGGAAACA